GAUUUCGAAGAAGUAGUUGGCACUUCACAACAGUCGUUCGAGCAACCAGAGGUGGCAUAUUUUUAUUCGUUUGAAACAACUUCUUCGAUCUGUUUCCUUGGACCGCCAGGUCCACCCGGAUAUCCAGGGCCUGACGGUGAACCUGGAAAUGAUGGACUACCAGGACCAAACGGUCCUCCUGGAAUAGAUGCAGAUAUAUCCGGCAGAGGUCCUACAAUUGAUGACUUUUGUUUCGAAUGCCCACCUGGGCCAGCAGGGCCACAAGGUCCGCGAGGACCAAAUGGCUUGCCUGGCUCUCCUGGAGAAACAGGCAAAGCUGGAGACGUAGGAGUACCUGGUCCAGCUGGACCUCCUGGACCGCAGGGGCCACCUGGUUUAGAUGGUGAACCAGGCCCUCCUGGAUUGCCUGGACCAGAUGGAUCCUCAAUUUUCUCAGAAGAAGGACCCAGAGGACCACCCGGUUCUCCGGGUCCACCAGGGCCACCAGGAAAUCCUGGAAUUCCAGGUUUUGCAACACCAGGUCUGCCUGGACCUAGAGGGGAUCCUGGUCUUCCUGGCAAACCAGGACAACCUGGAAGGCCAGGGGAACCUGGUAGAGUAGGAGUUUCUGGAAUUUUAGGGUCAUGCAGCCAUUGCUCACCUCCGAGAGUGUCCCCUGGAUACUAG